AAGUACCUUCUAGUCACCUUUAUUAAAUUUUUUUUAACUUUAUUAAAUUAUAAAUUAUUAAAGUCAAAACCACCAUACAUAUGCAUAAGUUGAAAAGCUUCAGCCCAGCCCAGUAUAAUGGAGGUCUAUGUCUGUGAUCCCAACUCUUGGAAACUGAAGGCAGGAAGAUCAGGAGUCCGAGGUCAUCCAAAAAACUACAACAAAAUCCCUAAACAAACAAAACAAAUCCUUUAAAAAAAAAAAAAAAGCCAGGCAGUGGUAGUAUGCACAUUUAAUGUCAGCACUUGGGAGGCAGAGAUAGGUGGUUCUCAGUGAGCUCAAGGCCAGCCUAGUCUACAGAGCAAGUUCCAGGAUCGCCAGGACUGUUACACAGAGAAACCCUGUCUUGAAAAACCAAAAAAAUAAAUAAAAUAAAAAAGAAAAGAAAGAACAUGAGCUAAAUUAUUAAAUGUUAGAAAUGUGGUCAGGGGAAUUAUAGAAAUACUAUAUCAGCUGGACAGUAGUGGCUCACACCUUUAAUCUCAGUGCUUGGGAGGCAGAGGCAGGCGGGUCUCUUUGAGUUCAAGCCCAGCCUGGUCUACAGAGUGAGUUCCAGGACAGUCUCCAAAGCUACAGAAAAAUCCUGUCUUGAAAAAUCAAAAAGCAAAUUUAAAAAAGAUUUCUCUCCCUUUUCUCUCUCUUCUCCCUUUCCCUCAUCACUCUGUGACCCAAGCUAGCUUCAAACUCAUGGCAUUCCUUCUGCCUCAGCAUCCCAAGUCUGAGGUUAUAAGCAUGAAGCUUAGAUUACAUCCUACCCAUAUGAUGCAGCAUCCUUUUAUGUAGCUCAAGAUGGCCUCAAACUCCCUAUCAUUCUGUUUUCCUACUUCAACUUCUUAGGAAUUUUUUUCUUUCAUGGUAUGGGAAUUGUUCUUGGUCCUCACAUAUAUUAGGCAAGUGUCCUUUUGCUGAAUUAGGUCCCUAGCUAUCUUAGUUAGGGUUUCUAUUACUAUGGUGAGACAGCACAACCAAAAUGAAUGGGGAAGGGAAGGAUUUAUUUUGAUGACACUUCCAUCCCACAGUCCAUAAUCACAGAGGGCAGAACCUGGAGGCAGGAGCUGAUGCAGAGGCCAUGGAGAGUGCUGCUUACUGACUUCUUUCUCAUGGCUUACUCAGCCUGCUUUCUUACAGAACCUAGGACCAGCCCAGGGAUGACCCCAUCCACAAUGGAUUGGGCCCACAUCAAAUACUAAUUAAGAUACCCUACAGAGUGUCUACACCCCAAUCUUACAGAAGCAUUAUUCAACUGAGGCUCUCUUCUCUAGGAUGACCUUGCUCAUGUCAAGUCAGCAUAAAAGCUAGACAGGACACCAGUCAGUUUUUGUUUGCUUGUUUGGUUGAGAAAAGGGCUCACUAAAUUGCUCAGGUGGACCUUGAGUUAUCAGUCCUCCUGCCUCAGCCUCAUGAAUAGCUAGAUUUUAGGUCUGUGCUCUAGGCCUGGCUGGAGUGCUGGGGUCACAGGUACAACCUAUGACACCCAGUUUCACCUAAAGGUUUUCAGUGAACAGUACACGCACACUUACUAACUUCAUCUGUUGUGUGGGAUCUCAGGCGGUGAACCUCCAAUACAAGCUUGAGCUGGCUGCUUGUUCCAAAGACCUCACAACCUAACACACUCACUCGUUUCGUGUGCUGCUUCCUCUUUUAUGUCCCCAUGGCAUGGUCUUUUACAGAAAUGACUCACUUUCAGUUGUCAGCACAGUAAUCUAAACUCCUAUGGUUCUGCCUAGCUCCCCUUUCAAGUCUAGAAAGAAAAGGAAGCAGCUUUCUCUGUAGUCCCCAAAAUUAAACUGAACACGUAACAGUCAGACCCACAAGUGGAUAUUUAUGUUUUUCUUUACUAAAAAGAAAAGCAAUGAACUGGUUGGGGUUAGAACUUCUAGCUUUGUUGCUCCACAUUGGAAGUGCAUUUGCAUAAGAAAUUUUAAUGUCUAAAAAUGGUACAGAAUGCUAUUUUAGAAGUCAUUUCUCCGGAACACUUAGAGAACGAGUUGUUCUGCUCACCUGCAUUCUCAGAGAGGCUGCUCUUAAAGAGCAAAUCUUCUGUUCUUACAGAGCAGAUCUGGUGGUGCACGCCUUUAAUCCCAGCACUUGGGAGGCAGAGGCAGGUGGAUCUCUGUGAGUUCGAGGCCAGCUUGGUCUACAGAGCGAGUUUCAGGACAGGCUCCAAAACUACAGAGAAACCUUGUCUCGAAAAACCAAAAAUAAAUAAAUAUAUAAAAUCAGAUCUUCAUUCUGAAAACUGUUCUCAUCAUAAGUGUUUUGAGGGGCUGCUACACCCCUCCCCAUUCUAACGGCAUUUACAAACUAUAGCUUAAUCUGUUGGGAUAUAGCUAAACUGUCUUGUGAUGAGUUCUUUUUGUUUGUUUUUGUUUUGUUUUGGUGUUUUAGUUUGGUUUUUCAUGACAGGGUUUCUCUAUGCAGUCCUGAGUGUCCUGGAGCUUGCUCUGUGGUUAAGGCUGGCCUUGAACUCACAGAGGUUCCCCUGCCUCUGCCUGUCAAGUGCUGUGAUUAAAGGCAUGGGCCACCUGUGUAGGCUGUGACUAGUUCUUGAACUGUCAGUGUAACUCAUGUGUACCAAACUACCCUUCCCCAAGUGUUACUGUGUAUUUUCUAAUUGAUACUUUUCCUGAGGUUUCCUCUGAUGUGUGAUUGCCAGUUCUGUCAUGCUGUUUAUAAAGCAGACAACCAAAGGUGCUGUCUUAUACAAACAACUAAAAACAAGAAUAAAUGAGUUUCAGAUGCCACAGUGGAGCUCUCCCUGGAUAGUACACAGAAUAACCAGAAAAUGAUGCCAGCCAAAACCCUUAGUUCUCAUUCUCUGCAAGGAGCCACAAAUUCUCCGAAACUGCAGCCAAGCUACGAGGAGCUAGAGGAAGAAGAACAGGAGGACCAGUUUGAUCUGACAGUCGGUAUUACUGAUCCUGAGAAGAUCGGGGACGGUAUGAAUGCCUAUGUAGCCUACAAAGUCACUACACAGACGAGCUUACCAAUGUUCAGAAGUAAGCAGUUUGCAGUAAAAAGAAGAUUCAGUGACUUUCUGGGUCUCUAUGAGAAGCUUUCAGAGAAACACUCUCAGAAUGGGUUCAUCGUCCCACCUCCACCUGAGAAGAGCCUCAUAGGAAUGACAAAAGUGAAAGUUGGAAAGGAAGAUUCUUCCUCUGCAGAAUUUCUUGAAAAAAGGAGGGCUGCUUUGGAAAGGUACCUUCAAAGAAUUGUGAAUCAUCCUACCAUGUUACAAGACCCAGACGUCAGGGAGUUUUUGGAAAAGGAAGAGCUGCCACGUGCCGUGGGUACACAGGCUUUGAGUGGUGCUGGUCUCCUUAAGAUGUUCAACAAAGCUACAGACGCAGUCAGCAAGAUGACCAUCAAGAUGAAUGAGUCGGACAUUUGGUUCGAGGAAAAGCUCCAAGAGGUGGAAUGCGAGGAGCAGCGCCUACGGAAGCUGCAUGCUGUGGUAGAGACUCUAGUCAACCACAGGAAAGAGCUAGCUCUGAACACAGCCCAGUUUGCCAAGAGUCUUGCCAUGCUCGGGAGCUCUGAGGACAACACGGCCCUGUCACGAGCUCUCUCCCAGCUGGCUGAGGUGGAAGAGAAGAUCGAGCAGCUCCACCAGGAACAGGCCAACAACGACUUCUUCCUCCUUGCUGAACUCCUAAGUGACUACAUUCGCCUCCUGGCCACUGUCCGAGCUGCCUUCGACCAGCGCAUGAAGACAUGGCAGCGCUGGCAGGAUGCGCAAGCCACGCUGCAGAAGAAGCGGGAGUCUGAGGCGCGGCUGCUGUGGGCCAACAAGCCUGACAAACUGCAGCAAGCUAAGGAUGAGAUUACAGAGUGGGAGUCUCGGGUGACUCAGUAUGAAAGGGACUUUGAAAGGAUCUCAACAGUUGUCCGGAAAGAAGUGAUUCGAUUUGAGAAAGAGAAAUCCAAGGACUUCAAAAACCACGUGAUCAAGUACCUGGAGACACUCCUGCAUUCCCAGCAGCAGCUGGCAAAAUACUGGGAAGCCUUCCUUCCUGAAGCGAAGGCCAUCUCCUGAGGGACCACGGAUACCAGAGCCCACCUGUGUGACGCUGCCUUUUUAUAUUCUGUCCUCCCCCCCUCCAUGGACCCCGACUGAUGCACCCUGCCUUGGCUGGACUUAACUCUUCCACUCUGCCCCACAAACGAACUCUUCCCAGUUACUCUAACCAAUAUUUCAUUUAGCUUCCACAUAUAUUUUCUUACCUAAGAGAAUAGUUUCCUGCUUUAAGCAAAAGACCUACAAUAGGUGGUGGAAUUAUAGGUUAGGGGUGGAGUGUUGAUAUAAAUAUAUAAAUACAAAUGUAUAUUUUUCAGGCUGUGGUUUAGGAACUGGGAAUAACGUUUUCUGUUACUCCUGAUGGUGCCAUGAAAGAUUAUGUAAUAAAAUAUUUGAAAAUCA